AUGAACCUGUCGUUCCAGGCGAUCGACGUGGCCGGCAGUACGGCGGCCAUCGACAUGCUGCUGACCCGCCGUGCCGAUCUCGCGGUGAUGGAUACGCGAUCGGUGCUGCUCCACAACGCACGCAACCGCACCCGGCUUCGCGUGAUCGCGACCUCCGGCGCCAACCGCUCACCGCAGUUGCCGAACGUGCCGACACUGGCCGAGUUGGCGGGCGAUCCCAAGCUCGCCUACACGAUCAGCUUCGGACUGUUCGCGCCCGUCAGGACACCUUCGACGGUGGCGGGCCGCCUGACUUCCGCGCUGCUGGGACUGCGCAACGACAGGUCCCUGCAGACCCAGGCGCAGCUCGCCAGCAUCCCGAUGCAGUUCGACGGCCCCUCCGCCGUUGUGAACGCCAUUGCCCGCGACCGCCGUGUCGCCGCGGACCUCGCCCGCUAG